CACAAAAUCAACACGAGGAAGCAGCCGACCACGUUUAUUCCCCAAACACCUUUCACAAUGGGAAAACGAAGUCGCAAAGUCUCAAGGAACGAAGAACAGACGCUCAAUGGCAAUGGGGAGGCCAAGACGCUAAUUUUGGUAGACGAAGAGGCUGUUGAUCCAUCUCUAGCUCUGCUCUUUUCCUCGAGCGCUGGACCAGUAAAAGCACCAUCGAAGGCUCGAUACGAAGCCCCUCCUCCGCCUACAAAGAAGGAACUUCCUCGAGAAGAAUCGGAUGAUGAAUCUGAGGAGGGUGUUGGCUCCGAUGCGGGAGACGAUGUUGAAUUGAGUAGUGUGGAUGAGGACUUAGAGGAUGUGGAUAUUGCAGAUCUAUCAGAAAAUGAAGAGCCGGAGCAGGACUCCAACGACUCGGACGAGGAGCCAGCGUUGGACAAGAUUAUUGAAGCUUCAAUGCCGGAACGGAAACGAAAGAGAAAGGCAGUCGAGGACGAUUUGGAGGGGAAAUACAUGCAGAAGUUGGCAGAGGAGGAUGAGAAAGAAGAAGAGGAACGUCGAACUGAGAGGAGGCUGAAGCGUCAGAGAUUGAUGGCCGAACAAGACCCGGAUAUGUCAGAGGAAUCGGAAGAUCUCGACGAAGGGGAAUUAGAAAAGGGGCCCAUCUCGGGAAGAGAACCGCCACUGGAUGUCCCUCUGCACGAGUCUCUGGCUCCAAGCAAAGACGCCGUCGAGGUCGAGAAGGCAAACCGAACUGUCUUUCUAGCCAACGUUUCAACUCUCGCUAUCUCCUCCAAAUCCGCGAAAAAGACGCUCCUCGCGCAUAUGGCCUCAUUCCUUCCCUCUCUUCCUGCGCCUCCAGAAGGCAAACCCCCACACAAAGUCGAGUCGCUCCGUUUCCGCUCAACAGCAUACGCUACUGCCCUCCCAAAGAAAGCCGCCUUCGCAAAGAAGGAUCUCAUGGCAGCAACUACGAAAAGCACAAAUGCCUACGUUGUUUAUUCCACCGCUUAUGCCGCACGAGAAGCAGCCAAACGCCUCAAUGGAACCGUAGUUCUGGACCGACACCUACGUGUUGACGAGGUGGCCCAUCCCGCCAAAACAGAUCACAGACGCUGUGUCUUCGUCGGAAAUCUUGGGUUCGUAGAUGAUGAAAGUCUUCUCGAUCAAGGCGGUGAAAAUGAGCGGAAGCGCUCCAAGAUCCCUUCAGAUAUCGAAGAAGGCCUGUGGCGACAAUUCAGCAAAGCUGGGGUUGUUGAAAGUGUGCGUGUAGUCCGAGACGAAAAGACGAGGGUCGGAAAAGGAUUUGCUUAUGUGCAGUUCGAGGAUCCAAACGCGGUAGAAGCAGCGCUCCUCUUCAACGAGAAGAAGUACCCACCCAUGCUUCCCCGCGUCUUGCGUGUUGUCCGCGCCAAAGCAGUCCGUAAGACUGCCCUCGCAUCUGCAUCACGCACGGGUCCUUCGAAGAACGCCAAGCCAGGUCAGAAGACUCAACUCGGUGGCUACAACCCGAGAGUGGCCCCUGAGGUCUCUUCUUUCAAAGGUCGUGCGAGCAAAUUGCUUGGCAAAGCGGCAGCUGCGCAAUUCAAGAGUGGAGCGAACGGGACUACAAUUGGAAAACGGGGUGACGGGGGGGAAGAACGGGGAACUAGCGAGGGUAGAAAAGUGGAAGGAGCGAAAGGAGCUGCCGGUGCAAUGAGAACUCCAGAAAGCAUCGUGUUCGAGGGAUAUAGGGCUAGCUCUAAGAGUGGCAAACCGCGAGAUCUAAAGUUAGGUGGCAGUGGCGGCGGAAAGAAGAAGGGAAAGCCGAGGACAAGAGGUGCCAAGCGUGGUAGUGAGUGGAAGAAAGCUGGUGGGAAGAAGGCGAAGUGAUGAGCGUGGCGUGACUGGGCUGGAAUAAGGCUCA